GGGCUGGAGAGUCUGGAAAAAGCACCAUCGUUAAGCAGAUGAAAAUUAUCCAUCAAGACGGUUACUCCCUAGAGGAGUGCCUGGAGUUUAUUGCUAUCAUUUAUGGCAAUACCCUGCAAUCCAUCCUGGCCAUUGUCCGGGCCAUGACAACUCUCAACAUCCAGUAUGGAGACUCAGCCAGACAAGAUGAUGCAAGGAAGUUGAUGCACAUGGCAGACACCAUUGAGGAAGGCACAAUGCCCAAGGAAAUGUCUGACAUCAUUCAGCGUCUGUGGAAGGACUCAGGCAUCCAGGCCUGCUUUGACAGAGCCUCUGAAUACCAGCUCAAUGACUCUGCAGGAUAUUACCUCUCAGACCUGGAGCGGCUGGUGACCCCUGGCUAUGUGCCCACUGAACAGGACGUGCUGAGGUCUCGAGUUAAGACAACAGGCAUCAUUGAGACCCAGUUCUCCUUCAAGGAUCUCAACUUCAGAAUGUUUGACGUGGGUGGUCAGCGCUCAGAGAGGAAGAAAUGGAUCCAUUGCUUUGAAGGCGUCACCUGCAUCAUCUUUAUUGCCGCUCUCAGCGCCUAUGACAUGGUGCUGGUGGAAGAUGAUGAAGUGAACCGGAUGCACGAGAGUCUCCAUCUAUUCAACAGCAUCUGUAACCAUCGUUACUUUGCCACAACCUCCAUUGUCUUGUUCCUUAACAAAAAGGACGUUUUCACUGAGAAGAUUAAGAAGGCCCAUCUCAGCAUCUGCUUCCCUGACUAUGAUGUCUCCAGUGUUCACCUUCCAUCUCGGGCCCUGCCCCUACCUGCCAUGUCCUGCCCCUCCGACCCUCGACCCUUCAUCCCCAUCCCCGAUCCGGUCCUCUAA